CUUAUUCUCAACAUCACUCCGUCACACGCAAACUUCACAAUAAUCCAGAAGACCUACAAUAUGGCACACGUUGGUGCACUUCCCAAGAUCCAUCGUUACAUCACUACUCAUGACGACAAGGGCAAAGCAGUCUUCAGCAACGCCUUUAAUGAGGAAAGCAAGAUGAAAGCCAACGACGACGGCAUUGCGUUCGCUCUCAGCUUCACCACGAAAGGCUUCCCCGUCGAUAUGAACGGCGACAAGGAUCUCGAUGUCUACGGCAAUUAUCUCAAGGAUGCCCCGGGCCUCGUCGUCUCUGGUGGCACAGUCCUCCGCCAUGUCGAUAUUCCCCCAAGCACAGAAUGCACGAUGCACCGGACUGUGAGCCUGGACUACGGAUGUGUACUCGAGGGCGAGGUCGAAUGUCUGCUCGAUAGCGGGGAGAAGCGGUUGAUGAAGCGCGGGGACGUUUGUAUUCAGCGCGGUACCAUGCACCAAUGGAUCAACCACAGCAAGACUGAAUGGACGCGCAUGUUGUUCGUUUUACAAGAGUCAAGUCCCCUGAAUCUUUCUGGUGAGGCGCUUGGCGAGGAGCUUGCGGGCAUGGCUGACGAAGAGCUUGGAAGCGAUUACGAAGACAUGGGGACUGCUACCGAGGAAGAGCAAGCAAAUAUCGCUUACCUAGAGAGUAUCAGGGUACCGAUCAAAGACUCACUCGUGACGGAGACGUCAGAAAUCGAUUAUGAAACGGCCAAAAAUAUCUUACCUUAUUUGGAGGGCAACCCGAACGAGUUUUCAUUGAAUACUUUCGGUAUACCAAACUUGCAACGACCAAAGCACGAUGACUUCCUGAGAGGACAGCUUGGUGAUUAUCCAGCACGCGCUGCUGGAUUGGACGCUGCACGACCAUGGCUCUUGUACUGGUCCUUGCAAGGCUUGACCGUGAUGGGCUCUGACAUAACUAGCUACGACAAAACAGUACCGCAUACGUUUUCUCUGGCUCAACAUCCAGACGGAGGAUUUGGGGGUGGCUAUGGCCAGUAUGCUCAUCUUGCUUGCACGUAUGCUGCAGUACUGUCACUUGCCACAGUCGGUGGGGCCCAGUCGUACGACACCAUCAAUCGCAAAGCCCUCUGGCAUUUUCUGGGCAGGAUGAAGCAGGCCGACGGAGGCUUUACCAUGUGCCAGGGCGGCGAAGAAGACAUCCGAGGCGCCUUCUGCGCCAUGGUCGUGUUGUCUCUUACCAACCUCCCUCUUGAGCUCCCUCCUGAUGCACCAGUGAGGAAACAAGGCUUUACCAGCUUCACAGACGGUCUCGGCGAUUGGAUUUCGAAAUGCCAAUCUUGGGACGGCGGUAUCUCAGCAACGCCUGGUAACGAAGCCCAUGGAGCCUACGCAUUCUGCGGUCUGGGGUGCCUUGCUGUACUCGGACCUCCAAAGGAGACAUUACACAAGUACCUGGACGUCAAUAUUUUGAUAUACUGGCUUUCAGCCCGGCAAUGUACACCAGAAGGUGGAUACAACGGUCGCACAAACAAGCUUGUUGACGGCUGCUACUCGCAGUGGGUUGGAGGCUGUUGGUCCAUUGUCGAGGCCGCAACUACAACAGGACUCUGGAACCGGGGUGCACUUGGACGGUACAUCCUAGCCGCAUGUCAAGAAAAGAAGGGCGGCCUCAGAGAUAAGCCUGGAAAGGGCCCUGACGCAUACCACACAUGUUACAAUUUGGCUGGACUCAGUGCAGCACAGCACAAGUAUGUCUACGACGAGAACGUAAACAAGACUUUGGGUACCGGCAACUACGGCGCACCUUUCCACUGGAAGACAGAGGGACGUUACGAUGGUGAGGAUGUCGUUUGGGACGAGGGCGAUGCUUUGAGAGCAGUGCAUCCCGUGUUCGUCAUUCCUUUUAUGGCGGUGUAUGAAACACGAAAAUAUUUUGAGGACAAAGAGGGUUUCUGA